AUGUCAUCCCCCAACUCGGCCACCGGCGGCGGGUUCCACCCGGUGCCCCAGUACGCCAGCACGCUGGGAUACACCAACCCGCGCGCGCAGCGCCUGGCCACCAUGCCGCCUACUCUUCCGGUCUCGGACGCCGAGGAGGUCUUGAGUAACCCUACGACAUUUACUCGGCACCGUAUGCGUCGCGGCAUGUCCUUUGAUGCUAUCCGUGGCAAUGGUAUCAUCUCAUCGUAUGAACGGAGCACCAUCGACUUUGAAAAGCUGCCCUGCGACGACGACGAUAUCAAACAGUACCCUCGCAAGCUCCGCCCAUAUUACGAGCGCAUGGGGUGUAUCAAGGAACACUACGAGGAAGUCGACUGCCUCUUGAGCGGCGAGCUGCCGUCCAUUAUCGCUAGCGCGUUCCGCGCCCCGCCUGCGGACCAUUCCCGGAGCUACAACUCAGUCGACGUCCACGGACCCGACGUGACGAUUCACCAGGCAUGGCAGGUCCGUCCCCAUCCGGUUCGUCGCCCGACCGUCGACGAGAUUGGCGAGAGCACGCCGUUGAUCCUCGCCGAGCGCGAGAGCCAGAAGGAACGGAUUGCCAAGCUUGCCCUGCACAGUGAGCUGAACCGUCUCGUGUUCUCGGUGGUUAUGAUUGCGUCGUUUACCCAGGUCUUCAUUGAGGCGUUCAACCGUGCGGUUUGGGGCACUGGCGAGGACGGCCCCGUCGACCUCAGUGGCAUCGGUAUGGCGACCAUGCUCGCUACCAUUGGCACCAAGUCUGUUCUGUGGGUGUGGUGCUCCCGUAUCCCUUCCUCGGGUGUCCAGGCGCUGGCACAGGACGCUGAGAACGAUGUGAUUCUUAACAUUACCUCACUCGCCUUCCCCUGGCUCGGCACUAUCGUCGGCUCGCACCUCCUCGACCCCAUCGGCGGUAUGGUCAUCUCGCUGUACAUCAUCAUCGAGUGGAUCAAGACCUUGUUGCAGAACUUUGCCAACCUGUCCGGCCGCGCGGCUUCGGGAGACCAGUACACUCGCAUGCUGUACAUGGUGACGCGCUUCAACCCCGUUCUGCACGUCGCCGAUCUCGAGUGCUACCACAUUGGUGACGACCUUGUGGUCGAAGUCGAUGUCAUUCUCCCCAACACUUCUCUGCACUUUGCCCACGAUGUCGGAGAGACGAUUCAGGUCAUGUUGGAAAACCUCGAUGGUGUUCUUCGCGCAUAUGUCCACUGCGACUACUCCUCCGCCAACCCAGCCCAGCACCGCCCGCGUCCGCGCGUCGACUCUGGCGGCCCUAGCCCCAUUGAACUGCGCACUGCUUCGCCAGAGCCAGCACCAAACGGCACCGAGGGCACAACACUCUUCGCCUCGUCCAUCCUGUCCGCUACGCCGACGCCCGGGAACCCGUUCCCCGACAACUCGCAGGCCCACAGUGUUGUCUUCGCGUCGCCGUAG